UUAAACUCGGUCCGUGACGUCAUGCUCCGUCGAUCUGUAUUCCCGUCUGUUGUAACUCAUUAAAACUGAAGAGGAAAUUAUUCUUUACCUCCAGGGUGCAUUUGCUAUUCAUGACUGUUUUGUGGCUGUGAGUUUCAAGUGUUUCUCCUUGGGACAGAAGCACCCAGCAGCAGUCCGCGGCUCCGUGUGUUACUGUGCACGCGACUUCACAUUAUUAUCUGCAGUUUGCUGGAAUGUGAUACAGUUUAAAGGAACAAUUUUAACAAUCCGGUAUGUCUCGGAAACGUUCUACGCACGUCCAGAAAAUGGCCGCGAUACAGGGUGUGCUGAUUCUGAAUCUGUUGUGGAACAGUUCACUGUAAGAAUGGGGUGCUGUACCCUGCUGCAUUUGACGGAGGACAACGCGAGGUUCCUUCUGCUCGCCAUAGUGCUUGUUCUGUACAUGCUGGCCGGAGCUGCCUUGUUCCAAUAUCUGGAAGGGGACGCAGAACUGAGAAUGACUCGCGAAUUCUGGCGCAUCUACUCGGAUUUCCGCCGUCACUAUUUGCUUCUCUUGAUGCAAGUUGGGAACGGUACGGGGAGCCAUGGCAACGAGACCAACUGCACUUCCGGUGAGGAAGUGGAAGAAGACAGCUCACAGCAGCGGCAGAAUUCUUCCGAGUGCAUCAGUCACAAUGAAAUGUACAUGGACAAGGUCCAGCAGUUGCUGUACGCCUAUGGAAAUGCCACUUCUGCAGGAAUCAUACAUAAGAGAAGGCGGUGGGACUUCCCUGGAAGCUUCCACUUCGUAGGCACCAUCGUCUCAACUAUAGGGUACGGCAACACAACACCGCAGACCACGGCCGGCAAGGCAGUGGUGAUUAUCUACGGUUUUUUGGGCUGUUCUGGAGGAAUCCUCUUCUUCAACCUGUUCUUGGAGCGCAUCAUCACAUUCCUGGCGUUCAUCCUGCGGACAGUGCAUCUGCGGAGACUCAAGAAGAGGAUGGAAGAUGGCGGGUUGGGCGCCAGGCGAGCCUCUCGCGUUUCCCGUGCUUCGCUGCCGGACGAUAUGGACGAGGACGAGUGUAGCCUGGACAACUGGAAGCCGAGUGUAUACUGGGUGAUGCUGUACCUGACGCUCGCGUCGGUCACCCUCGCCUUGUGCGCCGCUGCCGUCUACAGCCCCUUCGAGAACUGGAGCUUCUUCGAGUCCCUCUAUUUCUGCUUCGUCUCAUUCGCCACUAUAGGUUUCGGGGAUUACGUUUCAACCCAGGAGGCCACGUACCCCCACGUGCACUGGUAUCGGUUCGGGAACUUCGUGUUCAUCGUGCUGGGCUGCUGCUGCAUCUACUCGCUCUUCAACGUCACGUCCAUCGUGAUCAAGCAGGCACUGAACUGGCUCAUCGUUCGGCUCGACUGCCGUUGCUUCGAGGAUCCGACUGGCGCCGCUGGACGCCUCUGGCGACGUCAGUCCAUGAGGUUUCAGCAGAGCAUGCGACGCCGUAGGCGCCGUUCUAGCGCUGGGAUGCCUGGGAAUCUCCGACGGCAUCGGAAGCCUAAUCUUGCAGCAGGCCUUGGGAGACGCUCAGCCGUUUGCGGAGUCAUGUCGGACGGCAACGCCAAGACUCCGAAUAAAGACGGUGACUCAGACUCGAUGGGAUAUGACUCCGAGGGCGAUGGCGCUGGUGGAAGGCGUCUGUCGGGAGAAAUGAUUUCGAUGAAGGAUUUCCUGCAAGCCAACAAGGUGUCGCUUGCCGUGAUGCAGAAACAGCUGUAUGAGACUGCGCAGAUGCAGAGAGGAGGCUGCCAAUAUGGUAGUGACAGAGGGCACAGUAGUUCGGGAAGAAGAGCUCCUGGAAGUUUCACUCCCGGCACUGUAGGGCCUUUGGCAAUAGUCAGUCAGAAACUGGGUGAGAGUGGCAGCGGAAGGUAACCAGGCUGCAUGAAGAAGUCACGUGGUAGCUCCGGAUUCGUGUGACCUUGCACAAACACGGCUCUGAUUCCAGAAUUUUGCAGAAGGCAGUGGACUUAGUGUUGCUGUUGUGCCUUGAAAGGUUUGACGAGUGUCUGCAUUUUGGGCAUGCGGUAGCGUAGUUGGUUGAGGCACUAUGCUACAAGCCUGAAGGUCGCGGGUUCGAUU